AUGUAUUUGUCAAGUAGUCAUGCUAGUAUGAUACUACAAACACCAUCACAAGGUAAUGCCUAUUGGGAGACUGUUGCAGAAGCAAAAGCAGGAACCUUUAUAUUCUCUGGUCAUAGUGUCAACACAAUCAAAUCUUUUAAAUUGAUGCAAGAUGCUAGGUAUAUUGGUCAGACCAUCACUAUAUCCAUCUAUGCUGGUGGUCUUGCUCACUACUCUUUAGAGGUGGAAAAUAUAUGGAGAAACAACAAUAUGAACACAUUGCAACACUCUGGUGUUAGAUUAUGUUCCACUGAAAGAGAUGUAUACUUUAAUAUUAGAUCAGUCAUUGGCAAUGGAGUGGCUGGUGACUUGUUUCUCAAUAUUCAAGUUACUCCAAAACUUGCUUCAUACUCGCAAUCAAUGGGUUAUAAUAAUCAUUGGGUUCAAAAAGCAUUCAGUCAUGAAGGACAAUUGAUACAGACUACCUUACCAUUCAAUGCAAGUCAGACGAUUGACAUUCAAAUCACACAAACCUUUAAUAGUUCAAGACAUUACAUCACGGUAGCUAUGAAUGGAACUGGUCCAUUUAACUAUAAUGUCCCCAAUUUAAGUUUGACCAAUGUCAAUACCGAUGGAAAUUCAAUGUCCUUUCAAACUUGCUCACCCGAUAAAAUGGUUCCCCUUUCCGUUCAAAACCUAGACACUGCCAAACCAAUUUCAUUGACAAUCAGUGUUGCUGUCGACCCAAACCAUUCAUGUGGUCCUCAAGAUGCUCCCCUUUAUUCCCCACCACCAUUACUCGUAGUUCAAUCAAAUUCAUCUUCUCGAUCGACCCUAUCAACUACUUUAUUAUUUAUCAUUCCAUCAUUGAGUGAGGCUAUCGCAGUCCAUAGGUUGUGGAAACAAGCAACAACCCAAAACAAUCCAACAUGCUUGACACUAUACAAUAAGAUACAUGAUCAACGUCCAUAUAACAUAUAUAAAAAUGAUGAGCUCAAUUUUAAAAAACAGAAAGAUGUGAAGAUAAAAAGUAGUAGUCACAAUUGUGAUUUAAUUUUAAUUAAUCCAUCAGUCAAGAACGAAAGUUUGGGAUCAAAGAUGAUCAGAUACCGUCGUAGUCCUACAAAGUGUAAAAUUAAAAUGGAAAAGUGUAAAGAAAUAAAAUCAAGAUGUACAAUAGAAUUGAAAAAUAAUUCUUUUCCUGUUCUCUCCUAUCGGGAAGAGUAG